AUGUCCGACUUAAAAGAACUAAUAAAACAGAGGGGUAACAUUCGCGGCCGAAUAACAAUAUUCGAAAAGUAUUUGACGCCAUUAACGUUAAUUAAUAAUACAGUCUACGCCGCUAAAGCUACAAAUAAUAAUAAAACAGAAAAUCGUCAAAACUUUGCGCGAUCGAAAUCGUUCAUGUCUACUUCGCUCGAUUCACCAUUCCGUGGUCAUUGUUUGGCAUGUAAACAAGAUCAUAAGUUAUAUGACUGUCAUAAAUUUAAAUCUAUGUCAGUCGAAGAACGAAACGCUAAGGUGUAUCAAUGGAAAUUAUGUAGUAAUUGUCUUCGUAACGAUCAUCUAUCUUAUCAGUGCAGACUGGCAGGUUGUCGUAUCUGUAAAAGAAAGCAUAACACUUUAUUACACAGGCAACACAAAUUACAAAAUAACCAACAGUCAUUCCUAGGUCAACCAUCAACACAACACGAUACGCAAAACAACAUAGACAACGUAGGUACAUCUACGUCUACGUCUACAUCAUUAACGACUACUACUAACCCGACUUCAAACAAUGAGGUUGGAUCUAACACUGCUGAUUCUUCAUCUAAUUGCCCCACUCCGGUAGUUACAAUGUCUGCUGGCGUCUCAAACUUGGUUCUUCUUUCUACGGCUUUAGUCGAGGUGUCAAACAAUGGCAAAAUAUUUAAAUUGCGAGCUCUGUUAGAUAGUGGCUCACAAUCGUCCUUCAUUACGGAGGCGGCUCAAGCUAAAUUGGCAUGCGUUAAGAAUAAAAACCAAUAUAAACACGUGUCCGGUCUUAAUAAUGCAACAAUAAGCAUUGCCGAGCACUGCAACAUCAAUAUUAAAUCAACACACAAUCAGUUCACUACUUCUGUCAGAUGCUAUGUCGUUCCCACCAUUACUGACAACCUUCCUCAAACAGAAGUACAUCUUCCUGAGCUAAAUAUCCCCGGCCACAUCGAGUUAGCUGACCCAACCUUCUUUCACCCAUCACAGAUUGAUCUGCUAUUAGGAGCAGACAUCUUCUGGGACAUUAUGGGAUCAUCUCGUGUGUAG